AUGGACGCCGUCAUAUUCUCUGGGCCGCUCCAGAUCACAGUGGAACGAAGGCCCAAGCCUGAGAUCCAAAACCCUGUUGAGGCUAUUGUUAAGGUGUCCGCUGCUGGCAUAUGUGGAAGCGAUUUGCACAUGUACCGGGGUCACCAGCAGACCAAAACUGGACAUAUUAUGGGCCACGAGUCUGUUGGCAUCGUAGAAUCAAUCGGGUCCGAUGUCUCCAAAGUGAAACCUGGCGACAGAGUCAUUUGUCUUUUCUCUGAUGUUUGCAUGACAUGCUGGUAUUGCAAACAUGGAUACACAAACCGCUGUUCCAACGGCGGAGCUUCAUAUGGCAGUCAGCUACUCGACGGCUCGCAGGCUGAAUACGUACGGAUCCGACACGCAGAUGCGAGCCUGUUCCCCGCUCCGCAAGGGAUGGACGACAAGACACUGUUGAUGAUGUGCGACAUCUUUCCGACUGGAUAUUACGGAGUGACUCGAGCGUUGACCUUCUUCGGCGCCAACUCUGAUUAUCCUGCUACCAAUGGAACAACUCAUGAUUCUGAAUUCAUCCAACAAAACAUACGCGAUGCAGUCUUCGUCAUCCUGGGCUGUGGCCCUGUUGGUCUCUGCGCUGUUCUGACCGCUCGUGCCAAGGGCGUUUGCAAGCUUUACGCGGUCGAUUCAGUGGAUGAUCGGCUCGAGGAAGCACAACGUUUCGGUGCAACACCCCUCAAAUUGGGCCGGGAUGACGUGAAGAAGAUCGUCUCGGAUGCAACAGAUGGCAGAGGUGCGGAUGCGGUGGUCGAGGUCGUAGGUAACCCUGCAGCUCUUCGCUCCGCCUACGACCUUGUCCGACCGUGUGGCGUCAUCUCCUCUGUUGGGUUUCACCAGGGUGAUCUACCGUUCACGGCUUUGGAGGCGUACUCGAAGAAUGUGACCGUGAACUUUGGACGUGCUCCUGCACGCAAAGUCUUUCUUGAGGCCCUGGAGCUGUUACAGACUUUCAAGGAUAAGCUCGCAGGUUUCUUCACACAUGAUCUUCCGUUGAGCGAGGCCGCUAAGGGCUAUCAGAUGUUCAACAAACAACUAGCUAGAAAGAUGCGACACCGCAGAUCAUGGCUUGUGAGCCGUGCCACUUACGAAAGACGCGCUGCGACAGAAAGAGGCCCCAGUGCGGCACCUCUGGAAGCCUCUCGGCUCGAAGCCUUGGAGAACAAGGUCCGCUCGUUGGAGCAGGAAAACGAGCAAUUGAGGAGACAGGGGCCAGCUGCCGGACCUUCGCCGGGGCAUCUUACAACGGGUCAGGAACACAUCGAAACCCACUCUCCGGCAGGCAACCCGGAGCCGUCACCCCGGAGACCGACACCAGGCCCAACGGAAUUUCGAGAUGCUCCUAUCGCUGACAACAACCCGAGACCAUCCGGCCCAUCCAUGCCGGCAACCCAGCCACGCUUUUACGGCUCGGUCGCCGGGGUGGACUUUGUGGACCUCGUAGAGAGCGUGGUCGACGUGUCGGGCAUGUCCAAUGGCGUCUUCAACAUGGUCACUGCCGAGCUUCAUCACUCCGAAACUUCGCCGUCAACCCAGCUGUCCUCGUCGUCACGGAUACCCGACAGGCAAGUGGCCAAUCAGCUCAUUGCGGUGUACUUCCAGCACUGGCAUGUGACAUUUCCUCUGUUGUACCGCCCGGCUUUCCUCGAGCUUGUCGAGGCCGUUUACGAUGAUGCGUCCUUCUAUGGACAGAAUCCUGCUGCGGCGUUUGCAUUCGACAUAGUCCUUGCCCUGGGUUCUGCGGCUCUCAAGCGAUCGGAUUGGUCUUUCAAAGACACUGAAGCACACUUUGCACGAGCUUCAAGCAAGCUCGACGAGGUCUUGCGGUACAGAGAUGUCCGUGCCCUCCAAGCCCUUCUGCUGUGCUGCCAAUAUGGCAUACACGCGAGUUUACGAGACACCGCCGAGGAGAUGUGGCAUCUAUUGGGCCAAGCCGGACGACUUUGUGUCGAGCUCAGUCUGCAUCGGUCAAGAUUAUCACCUCGCUCUGCCAAGAAUAGCAUUCACUUGACUGGUCCUAUUCCGUCCUCGGUGGAGAUUGAGAUGAGGCACAGGUGUUUCUGGUGCUUCUACAGCCUGGAUCGGAUUGUGAAUGUGAUGCUCAGCAGACCACUGACGCCGUCUGACGAUGACAUUGAUACCCCAUUACCUUCCCACUUCAACGACGAAUACAUCGCACACUCUCCGCCGAAUACAGACAUACACUCUCCAGCUCCCCCAACAAGCAUAUCACCGUUUUUACAAAUGAUCAGCCUACGCCGCACGAUGUCCAGGAUACACCGAAUGCUUUACACGAGCACAAACACCAGACUGCUCUCAGCCGAACCGCGCGAGGCCAUCCGCCAAGAGCUCCUCAGCGAGCUCGACGACUGGAGGGCCAGUAAUGAGCGCCUACUGAAACUAUCUCCCAAAUCCUCCCUGGACGGCGUGCUAUCCGCGUUCACAGAUCGAAAUUGGUACGAGGCGCUCUACCACAACGCGGUGCUCCUCCUGUACAGGCCAUCAACAGCCUUCCCGCACCAGAGCCUGCAGAGCUCCGUCGCCAACGAAGACAACCUCAAGGCAAUGUGGGACGCAUCCAGGGCAACCAUACACAACUACAAGCACGUGCUCGGGGCCCGCAAGCUCAACUACUCCUGGAUCUGCCUCUACAGCAUCUUCAUCGCCGGCCUGUCCAACGUCUACAGCGUGGGCCGGUGUGCCCAGCGGCGAGCCACCGACCGGACGAGCUUCCUCCCGCCGGUGGUCGAUGUCGUCGACGACGUCCGCGAAUGCUCCAAUAUCUUGACGGCGAUCUGCGAGCGCUGGGACGACGCCCGGAGCUCCUGUGAGAUCUUUAGCCGCCUCAGCAACGGAGCCAUCAGGGAGCUGCUCAAGGCCCAGGCAUCACAGGAUGACGCCCCGAAUACCACUCAGACGGCCCCAGCAGUUGUUGGCCAGUCGUUGAUGCCCGCAGAUACGGGCUAUGGGGCUCAGAUGCCGGAGUGGAGUGGCGCCGGUAGCCAGUCGAGACGCCCCGGGACGGCUGGCGGGCUUGACCCAAUGGCAAACACGGUCCCACCGCAGUCAGACAAUAUCCAUGACUUCCAGCAGUUGUUUCAAGACGUACAAACCAGUUUCUACGAUCACGGGUUUGAUGGGUCGAAUGAGUGCGACACUCACGUACCUGAAGGACGAAGGCGAUGCCAGGCGGGAACAUCCCAGGUCAUUGCUGAAUUCUUGCAUACCGCUAUGGAUGGCGAGAGCGAGAGCAUUCAGCAACACAUCGACAAGCAAGAUGCGAUUGCAGGGACCAAGCGAGACGAGAUCCCCUCAAAAGUGGGAGGAUCGGCCCAGGACAGCAGAAAGACUUGCUCGUGA